AUACCUGCAAUAAUUCUUAUUUAAUGAAAUUAAAUUAAAUUUUAAUAACAGUAAAUCCAAAAAAAAUUAAAUUUUAACUUAGCAUUUGAAGACAGGAGACAAAAUUUGUGUUCAUGUUUGAAACGAUGAAGAAAUAAAAAUAUUGAAAAGGACAACAACACGGUCCCAUAAGGUUUACAAGGUCUUAUAAUUUGUAAAUAUAAAAAUUUCUUUGAAAAAGUUUAAGAAUUUAAUUUUAAAUAGUACAAAUGCAAAAGAGCUCAUAAUUUUAGUUCAAUUUCGGAUGACGAAUAAAAUUAUUUUUAACUCAACGCUGAUUGGGCUUAUUAUUUUAUUUUUGGAAAGAUUGGCGAUUAACUAGCAAAAGAAUUGAUUAAAAUCAACGGGACUCAUUAAUUUUAAUUAAAAAAUUGUUUGUUUUUGUGAAAUUCUUAAUAAAUAAGCCGGUACACAACUGCAGCCAUAUAAAAAUCGAAAAUUCAACGUUAAAUUGAAUGGAAUACCAUACUAAGUUCGGCCCAACUAAAUCAAUAAAUGAUUUCCUUGCCGAGUACAAAAUUCAAAAUUGAAAAACAGGAGAAGACAAGUUGAAAAAAUAACGACAAUACAGGAAGUGAGUGCAAAAAUAACUGAAGUGCAAAUAUGGAGUUAAGAACAGCAUAAAAAGGUUUACUUCUAGCCGUUUUACCUACUGAAACUUGUGUGUGCGUGUUUGCUUCUUAAAGUAAAUAAAUUUUGAUUUAUGUAUGCGAUAGUUUUCAUAUGAUAAAAAGUGAAGUGAACUUAUUUUUAUAAUAUUAAAAGGACAUUAAUACCUUGCAAAAAAGGAGACAAUUUUCAAAACAAAUGCAAAAACAAAAUCAAUUUUAUGUAAUGAACAUAAAAAAUCUGGACCUAUAACUUGGUCUAGUUUUUAUAUAUGCCAUAGGAACGUAACUUCCAUAUAUAAAAUAUUUUAAUAAAUAAAUCAUUUUGAUUUAUUUUCCUUGUAUACGUUUCUAAUGUGCUUCGAGUUUUUAUAAGAAUUAAGGACACGAAUUUUAAGGAAUUCUAGGAGAAUUGUGUACCUUCUCUACAUUUACAUAUACACUAUUAAAUUCCUGAGUAUUUAUAGUAAAAAAAAUUCUGGAUUCAUUUGGGAUUCCUCACGUAUAAUGUAAGAUAAGAAAAAGCUAUACAAUAUUCUCUAAAAGAAGAAAAAAACUGAAGAUUGUCGGAACACUAUAUAUUGUGGUAGAGUUCAUAAGAUUACAACAAUGCCUCGAAAUCGAACCAAGAAGAUAAUUAUAGUUAUUUAUUUUCUUGGAAUUUUUAAUAUAAAAUUAAUUUCUACCAAACAAAUUCUAAAUAAUUUAAAUGUUAUAAGACCUAAGGUAACUAACACAUAUAAAAUUAUAAGUAUAAUAAGAUUUUUACCAAUUGUAAAUGGUUAUACAAGGAUAACAAUGUUUGAUAAUUUAUCAUUACGUUCAUAUUUUCAUAUGUUUCGUAAUUUCGUAUUUAAUAAUAUUGGACGUACAAGUCAAAGAACUGAAGGACAUUUUUUACAAAUUCCCUAUAGCAAUGAUGAUCAAUUCCCAUGUGGUUUAAAUAAUUCAAAAAGUGCUACAAAACCAAAUAGUGUACAUAAAUUAAGGCCAGGUGAUAUCGAUGUUAUUGCUGCAAUGGGAGAUUCAUUAACGGCUGGUACUGGUGCAGCAUCAACUAAAUUUGUAGAUUUAUUUAUGGAGAAUCGUGGAUUAGUUUGGAGUAUUGGUGGACAAUAUAAUUGGCGUAAUGUAACAACAUUACCAAAUAUUUUAAAAGUUUUUAAUCCAAAGCUUGUGGGAUAUUCACGACAUGAUUCAUUUCCAUUUCAUCUUGAUUCACAAUUUAAUGUUGCGGAAAUUGGUGCUGUCUCAUCAGAUUUACCAUUUAUGGCAAAAGUUUUGGUGCAACGUAUUAAAAAUGAUUCACGUGUUAAUUUUGAAAAAAGUUGGAAAAUGGUUACAAUUUGUAUGGGUGGAAAUGAUUUUUGUACAUUUAUUUGUACAAUGAAAAAUCCAGAAAUUUUACCAAAAUUACAUCGUAGAAAUAUGAUUAAAGCUUUAAGAUAUUUACGUGAUAAUUUACCAAGGACAUUUGUGAAUGUGGUAACAGAACCCCCACCACAUAAGGUUGUUCUAUUGAAAACAAAUUCAAAAAUAUGUAAAACAAUUAAUCAUUUGGAAUGUUCAUGUUUUGUGGGAAAUCUUUUUAAACAGGAUCAAAAAACAUUAGAAAGAUAUGAACGAAUUCAUGAAAAAUUCUCCCAAGUAGAGGAGGAAGUGACAAAAUUACAAGAGUUCCGUAAUUUAACAGAAUUUGCUGUUGUUUUUCAACCAUUUUCGAGGAAUUUAUCGAUGAUGGCUGAUAAUGGAAAACCAGAUUAUACACUUUUGGCUUAUGAUUGUUUUCACAUCAGCCAAAAAGGAAACGCAUGGGUUGGUACAACACUUUGGAAUAGUUUACUUCAAGCAGAUGGUGAAAAGGAGUUGACAUGGUCAUCGCCACAUAAAAAAUUUUUAUGUCCAACUAAAGAGAAUCCUUAUUUUCUGACAUAUGACAAUAGUCGUUCACAUUCAUAAAAUUUAAUUAAGAGACGGCUUUAGUAGAGUUUUCCACUAGGUUUUUGUGUUUUCUUUGUUUUGUUUUUGUUAUUUCUGUUAUAAU